AUGCUCUCAUCAAAAGCUGGUCUUCCUGGAAGUGUUAUGGACCCCAUCUCUGCUGUGUCGGCCGCCAGGCAAACCUAUACAGGGGCGUAUCUGUGGGUUCCGGAUAUCACCUCAAACAUAAUAGUUUCUGCUUCUACAUUCAUUCUUUGCGAUACUGUGGCUACUCUUCCCCUUGAGGACUCGUUGGACAUUCCCAAAAGUUUUAUAUCUUCUCUUGCGAUACGGAUCCAAAUUUAUAUUGGGACUAUGACUGCUAUUGCUGCUGUCAAAGCGGAAUUACUACCGCCAUCGGGAACACAGCUACCAGGCUGUUUUACCACUAUAAACUUGAUCGUUACAAUCCCAGUUUGGGUAACAGAUCUAUGUAUUGCUUGUAUAUUUUAUAGCAUGCUUGUGACGAAACUCUAUCUAGAAAGAAAAGAAGAGCGUAAAAUUGACACCCGUUUUACUCUUCGGACAAUUUACAAGAUAUUUCUUCGAGAUGGCACCGCAUGCUUCUUAUUAGAAACCUGUGUAGAUUCGACGUUCAAUGAAGACGUUAUAUUCAGGCAGUUUAGAAUUGCGGAAAUUUCAACCGGAACAGAUGUUGACACACCUGUGUCGGAGCGUGAAGUGGCGCCUCCAUUAGCACCCACAGAAGGCCGUCGACCAUCUAUUCGUCGGCGAAUGACCGUCGUAUCACGGGAGGGAGGAAAUGCGCGGGAUAGGGCAUACUCUGCACAUGAUGUAACAGGUCUGGCACCGAGGAUUACCACAAAUCUUGAACAGGACUCUCGGAUAUCUCUUCCCAUCAUUACAGAAGACUCUUAA